CCUCGUCGGUAACAACAGUGGGGCGUUGUGGCGAUUCUUCUCACUCCCCGCCAUGUUCUCCUAGCAGCGGAUCUGAUCGUCCGACCAUCAUCGCAGUCCCGUCAACUGCAAGCGGACGCUCCGCAGUCACAUCCCUGAAACCCUGGCUGUUUUUGCUUAGCCCACCGACCCCACUUUUUUCACCUCUUCGCCCUGCUUGCCAAGACGUGAUUCCUAACCCUUCGCUAUGGUUACGACCACGGCGCCUUCACCCUUCCUAGCCCGGAUCUCGGCCGGCACCGAGGACCCCCGGCGGUUGUCCACAUCCCUACUCCAGCAACUGAUGCGGGCGGACUCCAGCGGGGAAGGCCACCAACCCAGUGGCUGUCUGGUGGGACCGGGGGGCAGCCCCAGGCCGGCGCUGAAGAGAGUGAGGAGAAGGAAAGGGAAAAUACGGUCCACCCCCGCCAGCCUCUCCCAGAGCCGCUACCAACAACAUCAGCAACAUCGCGCUGGCCUGGGGCGUAGGAAUACCGCGCAGGGGGCGCGCAGCCCCUACGACAUCCUUACGGCUUUGUCAAAGCCUGAUCUCGAAACGGUUCCGACUGAGGACGCUCUGAGGCCUUCCCCGGGAUCGGCCCCUGUCAGCAAACCUCUCCGGAAAGAGUUUUUGAAAAACAAGAUGGGAAAAUCUGAGAAGACUGCCAUUUCAUACAACCAGUCUGUUCAUAGUCUACACCUUUGUGAACAAUCAAAAGUUAACAGACAGAGGAGCAAAUGUAAUAUUCAACUAAACAAGAUUCCACCUUCCAAAAAAAGUGAAAAUAACUUUUGGCAAGAGUCAAUGUCACCUGAGCUCAUUAAAAAGCAGGAGAAAAAAACUGUGAAAGACACAGAAAACUGCAGAAACAUGAAAUCAAGGAAACCCAUCUUUCUGACUGACGCUAACCAAAAAGAAAAUUAUGCUGGGGCAAAAUUUAGUGAACCUCCUUCACCCAGUGUCCUCCCAAAGCCUCCUAGUCAUUGGGUAGGAAGCACUGUCCAAUAUUCUGACCAAAAUAGGGAGAUGAUGGCAGUCCAUCUAAAAACUCUCUUGAAAGUUCAAGCGUAGCAUAUGAAUAACCAAGAACCUACUAAAGAUUUGAAACCUGCCUUGUUGCAACAUGAAGUGCAAAAGACUGUCAAGUCUUGAAAUCACAAACUUGUACUCUAUUUUUUAUGGUUGUGUAAAUAUUGUAUAUCAUGUAAUGUGUAUAUUCAUAUUUUGAGGUACAUUUUAGUUUUGUUAUGAAAUGAUGUAUUUUACACUGCCCAUGUGACAGAUGAUUUUGUAUAUAGUAAUGAACAACUUGUAAUGUGUGUUUAAACACAUGAAAGACUUGACAAUGCUUGCACAAGGUAAUGAGAUUUGAAAAAGGAGAAAAACUCAUCUCAAGGUUCAUAUGACAAUGUGAAAACAAAUUACUAAGGCACUACUGAAAAGUUUCACAGUCUGUGGCACAGUACUUCACUGAAGGUUUCAUGAAAAUGUGAACUUUUGGAACAGUAUUUGGAGUUAAAUUCAAUUAUUUCUUUAAAGACACAUUUGGAAUUUGAGUUAAAUAAUCCAGUAAUUCAACAUAGCUGAUUCUCUAAAAGAGAGGAGCUGUGUUUUUUGCCCAGAGAGAAUUGGUCAUUUUAAAAAAUGAAUUAAAUAAAACAAUUUGGCCUCCCCCUUA